UAGCAACAUGAAUUGUUUCUGAAAACACUUCUUCAUCAGACACCCCACUAUUCAGAGGAUAAAUUAUUGGGAAACUACACUGAAUCAAGAUUUUGGAGAUCUGAAUUACAAACAUGGCUCUAAGAGAGGGUGGUGCACUCCUGUUGAUAUUGUCUGUUACCUUGGUCAAUGGACUUGGAUAUUAUAGAUAUAGUAAUGCACAUAAUCCAGCUGGUUAUCGAAACAGAGACCGAAGUUCGGAAAGUUCAGAAGAAAAUCAAGUGUCUGUUGUCUCUCCCCCGAGAGUUAGAUGGCAUCGUGGACCAGUAGGUCCUCCAGGGCCACGUGGUCCACCGGGCCCACCAGGGUACCCAGGGAAAUCAGGAGUUGGAUUACAAGGACCAACUGGUCCUCCAGGACGACCAGGACCACAAGGGUUGCCAGGAAUUGGAAAACCCGGUAUUCCAGGAGCACCAGGAAAGUCAGGUGAAAGAGGAUAUCCUGGACCUAAAGGUAGCAUGGGACCUCAUGGAAUGCAAGGACAGAAAGGCCAGCCAGGACCUAGAGGAUAUCCUGGGCCAACCGGAAUGUCGGUUCCUGGUAAACCGGGUCCACCAGGGCCAGCUGGUUCUACAGGAGCAACAGGACCACGUGGGGAAAAAGGAGAACAAGGGUAUCCUGGUCACAUUGGCGUAAAAGGAGAAAAAGGGGAUGGAAUUCCAGGACGUCCAGGUGAAAGAGGUCCUCCUGGUCUGAAAGGGCAGCAGGGAAUCCGUGGUGAACCAGGAUACGGAAAACCAGGAGCCCCUGGCCUUUCUGGUCCGCCAGGAGAAAAAGGUGAAAGAGGCACAGCAGGUCCACCUGGAUAUUCUGGUGUACCAGGUCAGAGAGGCCCCCCAGGAUUACCUGGGCCAUCAGGAAUCGGAAAGCCUGGAGCAAAUGGCACACCAGGAUUGCCAGGGCCUCCUGGACUCAAGGGCCCUCCUGGUUCACAAGGUGUACCAGGUGAACCUGGCCUUCCUGGUUUUGGAAGGCCAGGUUUACUAGGACUUAAAGGGGACCCUGGUGUCCCAGGUGCCGCAGGAUAUCCUGGAGAUAAAGGGGAGAAAGGUGAACCUGGCAGCCCAGGAAGCCCAGGACUGAUAGGGCCAUCUGGUCCACCUGGGCCAUCCGGACUACGAGGUGCAUCCGGAGCACCAGGAGCACCAGGAGCAAAAGGGGUACCAGGUGCAAUAGGUGCACAAGGGAAUCCAGGACCAAAGGGUGAAAUAGGCCCAGGGGGUGCCCCAGGGAAAUCAGGAGUUUCAGGAGAACCCGGUGUACCAGGUCCAGAAGGACCAAGGGGACCACCUGGUCAAAAAGGUUCUAUCGGACCUGUUGGGACAACUGGUCAAACAGGUGCUAAUGGUCUUCCUGGUCCUCCAGGGCCACCAGGAUUUCGAGGUGAAGUUGGAUUAGCUGGGCCUGCUGGACCACGAGGUCGAAGUGGUCCACCUGGAUCUCCAGGUCCUCCAGGAUUCCCUGGAGAAAAAGGAGAUCCAGGACUUCCAGGCCCUCCUGGACCACCAGGUCGUUUUUCUGGUCUUUAUGAAAAAGAUACUCAUGGACGACCAGGUCUACCAGGAGAACAAGGCCCCCCAGGUCCCCCUGGACCCCCUGGUCCACCAGGGCCCCCAGGAGAAAGUGUUCAACCAGGAAAAUAUGGAGGCUAUAACGGUUAUGCGGCAAUGGGAUUUCAUCCAGCUUUCACAGCCAUUCUUUUAGAAUCAUUUCCACCCGUAAGGCAGCCAAUAGCUUUUAACAAAAUAGUAGCCAAUCAAAACAAUAAUUAUGAUCCAUCAACUGGGAUAUUUAGAUGUGAAAUACCAGGCAUCUAUCAAUUUUCUUACCAUAUACAAGUCAAAGGAGGAAAUGUUUGGAUUGGACUGUUCAAAAAUAAUGAACCAGUAAUGUACACAUAUGAUGAUUAUACAGAAGGUUAUGUUGAUCAAGCCUCAGGAAGUGCUAUAAUACAGCUACAUAAAAAUGACCAGGUUUAUGUUCAGCUACCUUCAGAAGAGUCUAAUGGUUUAUAUUCCUCUGAUUAUAUGCAUUCAUCCUUCUCUGGGUUUUUAAUUAGUCAAACUUUUUGAUGUAUGUCAAUCACACCGAUGAGUCUCCAACCCUCCCAUUCCUCCUGACCUCACCCUAGUGGCGAGCUACCUAUGACACUCCUGCUGAGUGCUGGCAGCUCUCACAAAAUAUUUCACUAAGGCCUGAUGACAAAAGUAGUGUGGAGCGCGUACUGAGGUCAUCAAACAGACAUAGCUCUAGCCCCGCCCACCACCGGCCCAGUGUGCGCUCCAGUUAAAAAAUGUUUCCAAAGUCCUUAUCAAAUCAUCACUUUGCUGUCUCUGGCUUUUUGGCAUUAGGUUUGCACUGUGUAACAGUAGUUCAUAGAAAGUACAUCAUGUAAGCAAUAUUCAUUGGCCAUUUACAUAUUAUAGUUUUAAGCUAAUUUAAUGCCAGUCAUCCCCACCUGAACCUCAAGAAAAAGAGCAGAAAAUUCUUAUGAUGUGGCUAAAAUUUAUCGCUUCAAGAGUUUAAAAUCCUAUACCAAACAUUAGCUUAUUGCUACUACUUCACUAAAUGAAUAAUGUAAUUAGUCCAUUUCAAUGGGAAACAUCCUUGCCCCUUUGGGUAGUGCUUGCCAAAGAAAUAUAACAUACAGCCAGCAAAUAGUCUCACGCUCAAUGAGGCUUACACUAACUAGUGCUAAUUUCCUGAAAUAUACUGUGACAAAUAGGUUUUCUUAUAUUGUGUUGUGUAUUCAAAUGUGGCAAAAUAAAUAGGAACUGUAAAAAGCUGGUUGAUUUCUACUUUCUACCUAGACCUAUUCAAAACCAACCUAAAUGACGACCAUUUUCUUACAGAAGCGAUGAAUUCUAAACCUACAACACAAUUAUGCCAUGAUUAAGUCAUAGGAUGGCACUUUAGUUAAUAUUGAAGCUAAUGCAUUGUCCUGAGCAAUGGGAAUCAAUGUUUCAAAAUCGAAUAGUGAACAACAAAGUCAAUGUAUAAACCCAAGGUCUUCCUGCCAGAAAACACCUUAUUAGAAGAUAAGCUGUAAUGAAACGCAUUUAUAGCCAUGAAACCAUUCGGUAUUUUAAAGUUUGUAUUUUAUAUAUAAAAAACUAAUAAAAUUGUUCAUGAUGCUA